CGAUACGGCUCCGGCAGUGGGCAGCAGUCGGUGACGGGGGUGACGGCCGUGGACGACGGCAACAGCUACUGGCGCGUCCGAGGCAAAACGUCCACCGUGUGUGAGCGAGGGACCCCCGUGAAGUGCGGCCAGGCCAUCCGGCUGACCCACGUCAACACGGGGCGCAACCUCCACAGCCACCACUUCACCUCGCCCCUCUCCGGCAACCAGGAGGUGAGUGCUUUCGGGGAGGACGGCGAGGGGGACGUCUUGGACGACUGGACGGUCCUGUGUGGCGGGCAGUACUGGGACCGCAGUGCCGAGGUGCGGUUCAAGCACUCCUCGACGGACGUCCUCCUCUCGGUGACGGGCGAGCAGUACGGGCGGCCCAUCCACGGCCAGCGGGAAGUGCACGGCCUGUCUUACUCCAGCCAGGACUGCUACUGGAAGGCCAUGGAAGGGAUCUUCAUGAAGCCCUCGGAGCCGCUGGGGAAGCCGGAGGAGACCCGCCACGCUGAACUGUGAUGCUCUUCCUUCCUUCCUUCCUAAGGCUGGGCCUUUCGGGCAGGCCGGCCCCACCUGGACCUCCCGGAUGAUCCCCAGAGGAGGGCAAGCGCCGCUUGGGCCACAGAGAUACAAGGACACUCCUGCUGUCCUGGGAUAAUGGGCGCUCUGGGCCCCACCGUGUGCCUCCAACAACACCACCACAGUGUUUUCACUGCAUCACAGUGUUUCCCCUUUGGUCCUGCCCCCUUUUCCCCACGCCCCUUCUAUUGCUGAUAUUCAAGCAUAUGGGUGCCUGGGGAGGAGCCACAAAUAAACAACGGUUGUUAAGCAUA